GUGGUAGUAUCAAGUAUAAACACGCCUGUUUGAAUUUCCGCGAAGCUCGCGUUGACAUGUGAUUAUUUGUAGUCUUAAUUGAUAAAUUAAUUCGAAAGAACGAUAGAAAAGCAACCCGUGGAAAAUGUCAAAAUUGCAAAGGUUGAACAGAGAAAUAAAACGUCUCGUCGACCAUCCACCCGAGGGAAUAAUAUGUUAUCCCUCUGACAACUUGAGCAAUCUGUCGAUCAACAUCAUAGGACCUCAUUCCAGCCCUUACGAAGGCACACUUUUUGAAAUGGAACUGGAAAUUCCCGACCGUUAUCCCUUCGUGCCACCGAGAUUAAAGUUCAUCACGCCGGUGUAUCAUCCAAAUAUCGAUAACCAAGGCCGUAUUUGUAUGGAUUUAUUGAAAAUGCCACCUAACGGCGGCUGGAGACCUACCAUCAGUCUGGAGAAUCUGCUGGUUGCUGUGCAAUCGCUCUUGGGCAAUCCCAAUCCAGACGACCCGCUCAUGGUGGAUAUUGCUGAGGAGUACAGAUACAAUAAGCAGGAAUUUGAGAGGAAGGCAAGGUUGCACGCCAAAGAAAAUGGAAAACUUUCGAGUUAAGCUGCAAGAUUUUUAUUAUCAAGAGAUUUCUUUUAUAGUAUUUCAUAACAAACUACCAAUUAUGCAUUUGUUCAGAGUACAAAUGAAAUAUAUUUUUAUACAUUCAAAUGA